UUUAAUCCCCUCUUUAGUCAGGAUCAGCUUAUCAAAUCAGAAUGUUAAAGAGAAUGUGCUGCAUGCGGUUAAAAACCGCUGGCUAUGUAUUCGGUGGGAUCGAUAUCGUUGUAAAUACCUUACUCUUGGCAUUGCUUCUGUUUUUCGUAAUUGAUUAUGUGGCGUAUGGUGAGGUUUUUAUGCUAAUUGUUUUGGCAAUCGUUUUUGUAAAACUUCAGAGUGGUUUCAUGAUGAUCUUAGGCAUCAAAAUGCAACGUCAUCUCUUAUUACUGCCCUGGUUGAUAAUUUUUGGAAUCCAAUUGAUAUAUAUAAUAUUUCAGUCUUCAACUGUUAUGGGAUACGAGAUAGAUUUUAAUAUUAAUGUAAAUCAAUCGACAAAAUGUUCCGUAAUGAUAUUGCUUCUCUUAGUUAUUCCUUCUUGGCUGUUUGGUUUAUAUAUCUUGUAUGGCAUUUACUCGUUGUAUAAGGAGAUUCAAGCCACCCGAAAGCAUCAGCAGGCCCAACUGUAAAAAUAAUAAACAAGAAGGAGUAAAAGUUUGUAACUAUUUCAAACAUAAUUAAUUGAAUUGUUUUCCGUGUAGAGUUUUUAAUAAAAUAAAGAAGUUUCAU